UUGGCCAAAAUAAAAGAAGAGGGGAAAGAAAUAAUCGAGGAGUGGGAAGACUGAGUGAGAGAGCAAGGGCGAAGACUGGGCACAAUGACGAUUGACGACGAGAGCUCCAUUUACGUUGGAGGUCUUCCCUACGAUGCCACCGAAGAUACCAUCCGCUCCGUCUUUGAUCUGUAUGGCGCCAUUCUUGAUGUCAAGAUUAUUAAUGAUAUCCGGACUAGGGGCAAGUGCUAUUGUUUUGUAACUUUCACAAAUCCUCGAUCAGCGGUUGAUGCAAUCAAUGACAUGAAUGGCAGGACCAUUGAUGGGCGUGUGGUUAAAGUAAAUGGGGUGAGGACUCGAGGUGGAAGAUCAAAUUUUGGCAGAGAACUUAUUCAUCAUAAUACUGAUAGGAAUGGAGAUUGGGAUCGUGGUAGAGAUCGAGACCGAGAUUAUAACCAUGACAGGGACAGGCACAGGGAUCGGAAUAGUGGUUGGUCUCACGAGCGUGAUAGGUCUCGAGAGCGUGACCAGUCUCGAGACUUUGAGCAUGAAGGGGAUGGAAGAUAUGACCACACACAUUAUCAUGAUCAAGAAAGAGAACCUUUGCAUGUCAAAGAUCGAAGUCAAGAGAGACAUCUGGCAGAUGAUGAACAAGAACACAGCAAAGUACAUGGUCAAGCUACACAUAGAGACUAUAACCUGGAUUUUGAUACGGACAGGAAGAUGGACAGAACUUAUGAUCCUGACAGAAGUUUUGAUGGGGAAAGAAAUGAACACUCAAGGAGAAACAAUGGAUUGAAUAUUACAAAACAACCUAACAUGGAUUUUUCUUCAGACUCUAAUGGUAACCGCAAUGAUGAGAUUGCAGAUCAAUUAGAGAGGUCAACUGAAAGGCUUGGUCAACUGAAAAAAGAGGUCUCUCAGUUGAAAGAGAAGUUACAAGAGAAACGACAACUUGUACCGGAGUUACAAAAGCGUUCUAGGAAACUGGAGGAUGCAUUAAUUAAUGCAAAGAAACAUUCUUCAUAUCGUCACGUGCAGUUGACCAAGCUGCACAAAUGUUUUACGCAAGUGAAAGAUUAUACAGAGCGACUAAAAACCUGUGAAAAAGAACUUCAGACCCUGGUUGAUACGGCAAUGUUAGAGAGUGAUGGUGAUGACGAUGCUGUUGGCUUCAAAGACGUACAAUACAUAAGUGGAACUGUAUGAUCUCUGGUUGAUAGGGCAUUGAUUGUCGCUGUGCUGACUAGAUUGUAUUUAGCUAUCAUGCUUGAGAUUGUAGCAGUGAUUAUUCAAAAACAUAAUAUGUACCAUCCUUUUGAUUAUAUAAAUUUUAGGGGAAUUUUGUUCGCAAUCUCAAGUUUAAUGGGCAAACCUGUACCUGUUGCUGUGAGCUAUUCUGUAUUAAGUUUUGAGCAUAUUAAACAAGCUGUGUAUUUAUUUUGGCGAAAAGUUGAAUGUAGGGUAAGUGAGCAAAUUUUGUCUUGAACUUUAAGUUCAGUAAUGUUAUAGAUUUAAAAUUCA